UUCUAAAAACAGCCUCACAGCCGGGUAACAACUUGAAACGAGUGUAGCCUACUCGUCUGGGCCAUGGUUUUUGUCUCUUAAACAAACUUAUGUUAUAUGUACAUGUUAAAAAAAGACGACCAAUACUGGUAGUUUGAUAGUUCUAGACAGUGAGGAAAAUGGACGACCUGGAGAAGCAGCUUAUUUGUCCCAUUUGUUUGGAGAUAUUUUCAAAACCAGUGGUGAUUCUUCCAUGUCAACACAACCUUUGCCGCAAAUGUGCUAACGAUGUCUUUCAGGCAUCCAACCCUUACCUACCCACAAGAGGCGGCUCGCUUACAUCUGGAGGCCGUUUCCGUUGCCCAUCCUGCAGGCAUGAGGUUGUGUUGGACCGACAUGGAGUCUAUGGAUUGCAGAGGAACCUCCUGGUGGAAAACAUCAUUGACAUGUACAAACAGCAGUCGACCAGCAGCAGCAGCAGCCAACCUGCCCCAGAGACGAAACCAGACCAGCCCAUGUGCGAAGUCCACGAGGACGAGAAGAUCAACAUCUACUGUGUGACGUGUAGCACCCCGACCUGUUCCAUGUGCAAAGUGUUCGGGGCGCAUAAAGACUGCGAGGUGGCCCCUCUCACCAACGUCUACCAAAAUCAGAAGACGGAGCUGACAGACAGGAUAGCAAUGAUGGUGAGCAACAACGAGAGGAUCCAGGGUGUCAUUAGUCAGCUGGAGGAGACCUGCAGGAUCAUAGAGGAGAACAGCAGGAGGCAGAAGUCACAGGUGUGCGAGAAGUUUGACCACCUGUAUGCCAUCAUGGAGGACCGGAAGAGGGAGAUGACUCUGCAGGUGUCGGCAGAGCAGGAGGAGAAGCUCAACUACAUCCAGGGCCUCAAGCGCAAGUACAACGAACACCUGGAGUCCAUGAGCAAGAUCGUGGAGACGGGCAUUCAGACCAUGGAGGAGCCUGAAAUGGCUGUGUUCUUGCAGACAGCAAGACCUCUUUUGAAAAAAAUUGGUGAAGCCUCCAACACGUCCCAUCUGGAGAAAGUGGAGCGAGGCUACGAGAACAUGGAUCACUACACAGCUAACUUUCUGAAGCAGAGAAAAGCACUGCGUAGCAUUGACUUCAUCGUCGAGGAUGACGAAGAGGAUGAGGAGCAGGAGGAGGAAGAAGAUGCUGGAACAGAGGAGGAGCAAGCAGAGGGAGGAGCUUCAGACUUGGUAGCCCCGCCCCUACCAGCCCAAAGCAGCCUGAAAGCCACAUCCUCCUAGCUGAAGUUAGGAAACAGACAUACACACAUAACAAACAUUCACACACAACCAUACACACACUCUUACUAAGACACACACUUUUAAAUGUGCCAUACAGGCAGCAAUUCAUCAUAUAGAAGAAACAAAUAGAAGAAAAAAAACUGAGUGCUGUAGGUGUAGUUUUCAGACCAAGAGAUGACAUGGGGUAGUAUAGAUAUAAAGUAUUUACCCAAAAGUGGAAUAAGUGGGUGAAUACUUCUGAACUUUCUUCCAGUGUGUUGCACCCUCUUUUUUAAGUUGUCUGGAAAUCUAAAGAGGUUGUUUAUGUUAGUAAUUUCAUGUGAGACUUUUUACUCUUUUUUUGUUAAGGAAAAAGCCACCAUUGUGGCCAUAAUACAGACAUGUACAUCUUAAUACACACACACAGACGCACACACACACACACACACACACACACACACACACACAUGCCUAGAUAGCUAGUUCAGAGAAUAAACCAUCGGGAAUAGAAGUCUUCCAUACCUUUUUCUAUCUGUCAGUGAUCAUGCCGUCUGCACCGCGGCGUGGACACAGGAGCUGGCCUGAUGGAGGCAGUGAGUCCAGCUCUGGCUCAUAGACUGAUUAAAGCUAUCUGUGUUACUCA